CGCGCGGGAAACCGAUUGAAAUUGAAAUGCAAGGUGUUUCUACACGUGUUGUAGAUAGUUAAAGAGUGUAGAAACAUUAAGAAAAAGACACAAAAGUUAUUAUCAAAAUAAUUAUUUUUACAAAUUAUCAGUAAUAUAAACUUUAAUUAUCUUUUAACAAGGGGAAAUGAGACGUUCAGCCGCUCCCAGUCAACGAGAAUCCUCAUAUAAAAGGCCUUGUUUCAAGGCUCCGUUCGCGACAAAACAACAAAACAAGAUGCCGUUUACCGAAAUAUUGACCGAGUCAGUUAAUCAUUCGCUUAAUUCCAAUGUAAUUAACAAUGUAAAAGAACCUAGACGUGAGGAUAAACAGAAAAGUCAAGUGAAUUAUAAUCAAACAAGGUCAACAUCAGAUGUGCUUAAGCUUUUAUUGAAAUCAACAUCAGAAAUAAAAGAACAAAAAGAAGAUAAUUUUUUUAAUAAUUUUUCCGAAGAACAAUCAAAACCUGAUGGAAACGAUUUUAAAAGUAAAAUUAUAACAUCGUGCCUUGAUGAUUUUGAUGCAGAGAAGUUAAAUAUAGAAAACUCAAGUAUAAAUGAAAAGAGAAUUGAUGUUGAAAAUGAUGAUGAUAAUUGUUUUCCGAAAUAUUUUAAUGUCAUGUGGUGUAAAUUAUCAAAAAAGAAGAAUAAAGAUAUAUCUUUCAUAUCUUCAGAAGCGCAAAAACACUGUUUAUUAUUAUGA